AUGAAAGUUGAUAGCGAUGGUAUUGGUGUUGGUGAUGCUGGUGGUGAGAGUAAUGGUGAUAUUGGUGUUGACGGUAUUGUGGUGGUGAUAGUGAUGCGCUGCGACCUCAAGUUCGACUGCGACGACAAGACGGAUGAGCGCUACUGUGACAUCAUCAAUUUUCCAGAAGACUACAGGUCGAAGCUCCCGCCAAGGCCAGCCUCCGACUCCUCCCUCCCGAUCGCCCUCGACGUGACGAUGGACACCCUCAACAUCGACACCACCACCAUGCUGCUCUCCGUCAGCUACAACCUGCGGAUGACGUGGUUCGACAACAGACUCACCUUCAACAACCUCAAGAACUUGACGCGACUCAACACGGUGUCGCUGGAUCAGGUGGCGGGGCUGUGGCGUCCGCGCCUCGGCUUCAUCAACACGGACGACAUCCAGAACACGGCGGUCGACGCGGACGCCGUCACGACCGUCGUCAAGCUCGACCAGACCUUCGCGCCCGACCUCUCCAACCCUUACGAAGUGGAGGUCUACCGAGGGGACACCAACCCCAUCUCCAGUACGAGGAAGUAUAGCACUGUCUACACCUGCAACUUCGACCUGGUUCUCUAUCCCUUCGACAUCCAGUUCUGUUACAUGAAGCUCCAGAUCCUCUCAGCUUCUUCGGAGUAUCUCAUCUUCAAUUCUCGCGGUCAGUGGAGAUCAUGCUACUCGUCCGUGGAGUACCUGGGGCCGACGCUGCUGGUGGAGUACGGCGUCGGGCGCAUCGACCUGCGGGCGGACAAUGCCACGCAGUUCGCCGUGGCGCGCGUGCGCGUCGAGCUGAUCCGCCGCUACGGGUACGCGAUGCUCAACAUCUACAUCCCGUCGCUGACGCUGCUCGUCAUCAGCUACGUCACGCUCUUCUUCCGCCCCUCCAUCUUCGAGGUGCGCGUGAUGACGGCGCUGACGUCGCUGCUGGUUCUGGCCACGCUCUUCACGCAGGUGUCCGCCUCGCUGCCCAAGACGUCCUACUUCAAGAUGGUCGACAUCUGGCUCCUCUUCUGCAUCGUCCUCAUCUUCCUCAUCAUCCUCUUCCACACCGUCAUCGACCUGCACGUCGACUACGUCGCCCUCCCUGGCCAAGCCAAGCCGGGUCACGUAGCCACGUGGGCGCAGACGCUGACGGGCAGCGCGGGCGGCGUGAGGGCGCUCAAGGUCCAUUCCGCGGAGGACGGCGACGGGAGCGGCGACGAAGGGCGGGCGGGCUUCUUCCGCAGAUUCCUCGCCAAGAAGGACAAGUUCGACCUCGAGUUCUACAUCGCGGCCUCGAAGAUCACCAUGCUCCUGAUCUUCGCGGUUUUCAACCUCAUCUACUGGGGCUCCCUCCUGCGCGGGUCGGGCCUCGUGUAUUACCUGUAG